GUGGGGAAAGAGAGAGUCAGUCCAUUACUAGCAUAACUGUAGUUUAUGUAUCUAAAAACCUGAAAUUCUACUCGUAAUCCUAUCUAAUUCGUUAGCUGGUUUGCACAGUUUAUAUAUAGCAUGGUAUUUAGCUCACUAUUUGUCAGUCAAUCGGAGCUGGCUGAAUUUCUACACGGAUUCCAACGGUAGCUAGAUCUUUUGCCGCUUUGGACGCGGAAGGCAGACUCCUCGGACGCGGCGGUGGAAGCGUUGCUGCGAGCCCAUUGGCUAUAGAACGGCCAAUGGCGUGAAGGCGUGGGUACUGACGGUUUGGGAGCUUCCCGGGAGGAAUAUUCCGGUUCGCUGCGCACCGCUGUAGUUUUUCAGAAGGGUUUCCCUAAUGUGAGAAUGACAGCUAUCAAAAUGGCGGAGGGCAAUAGAGAAAAGUGAUGAGGACAGGACAACAAAUGAUACAGUUAGCCUCAAUUUUCAAUUUAUUCUAUUAUUAUUACUGUUCACCGGAUAUUCUCGAAAACAUUAAGGUUUGGUGAGACUUGUGCAGAGCCUAGUUUGCGCUUCCGUUGAAGAUUUAGCUAGCUAACGUUAGCUAGUUUGCUAUCUGCGGAAGAGGCACAACUUCAAGACAUUGCAGCUAAAAAGCAAGCAAUGUUUUUGAGCUGAUUCCGUGAUAGCUAGGGACUAUAAAUCCGGCAUUAUAAUUCAUAUAGCGCAAGGUAUCGUUAGUUGGACAUAAACAGCGUUGCAUUCUCCUCCGAUUUGGGCUAGUUAGCUCAUUUAGCUAAUAAACAAAGUGGCGUCAACUGAGUACGAAUUUUGUUGAUUGUUUAUUUUAUGACGACAUGGCUCAUUCCCCGGUUCAGAGUGGCAUUCCAGGGAUGCAGAACUUCAAAGCCGAUCCGGAGGAGCUGUUCACCAAGCUGGAGAGGAUAGGGAAAGGCUCUUUUGGAGAGGUGUUCAAAGGCAUUGACAAUCGGACUCAGAAAGUAGUGGCCAUUAAGAUAAUUGACCUCGAGGAGGCCGAGGAUGAAAUAGAAGACAUUCAACAGGAAAUAACAGUCCUCAGCCAGUGUGACAGUCCCUUUGUAACCAAGUACUAUGGAUCAUAUCUGAAGGAUGCAAAAUUAUGGAUUAUUAUGGAAUAUUUAGGAGGAGGAUCAGCUCUUGAUUUGUUGGAGCCAGGUGCCUUGGACGAAACUCAGAUUGCCACAAUUCUCAGAGAGAUCCUGAGGGGACUUGAGUACCUGCACUCUGAAAAGAAAAUCCACCGAGAUAUUAAAGCCGCUAACGUGUUGCUAUCGGAGCAAGGAGACGUGAAGCUGGCAGACUUUGGAGUGGCGGGGCAGUUAACGGACACCCAGAUCAAGAGGAACACAUUCGUGGGCACUCCGUUCUGGAUGGCACCUGAAGUCAUAAAACAGUCUGCGUAUGACUCAAAGGCGGAUAUCUGGUCUCUGGGCAUAACGGCCAUAGAGCUGGCCAAAGGAGAGCCGCCCCACUCAGAGCUCCACCCUAUGAAGGUCUUAUUCCUCAUCCCAAAGAACAACCCGCCCACCCUGGAAGGAAACUACUGCAAACCCCUCAAAGAAUUCAUAGAAGCCUGUUUGAACAAAGAGCCCAGCUUUAGGCCAACUGCCAAAGAACUGCUGAAACACAAGCUGAUCAUCCGGCACGCCAAGAAGACGUCCUACCUUUCAGAGCUGGUGGAGAAGUACAGGAAGUGGAAAGCAGAGCAGUCUCGGGAGGAAUCCAGCGACGAUGAGUCGGACUCGGAACAAGAUGGCCAGGCGUCUGGAGUGAACGACUCUGGGAACGAUAACUGGAUCUUCAACACCAUCAGGGAGAAGGACCCCAAGAAGUUCCUGAAUGGAGCCGCCCAGUCUGAUGAGCUGGAGGGGAACAAGGUGCAAGACAAUCCAAAGAGGCCUUUGUCACAGAGCUGGUGCACUGUCAUUUCACCUUUGUUUGCUGAGUUAAAAGAGAACCAGGUUGAGGCAACCAAUGGCAAGCCAGAGGCUGUGGACGAGCUGAGGGAGGCCGUUUUCCUGUCAGAAGAGUCCUGUCCUGGUAUCUCUGACGCCCUGGUGUCUGAGCUAGUGCACAGACUACAGAGGUUUUCUCUACCCAGGGCCUCCUCCUCCCCACACACCUCCCACCCCUAGCAGCAGUCUGUCAGGCCAUAGCCUCUGACAUCAACAGCCAAGAUGAAGUCUCCCAGGAAGUUCUGCCGUCACUCAUUCAUUCACCUAAAGCAAAACCUCAGCCCACUUUAUCUCUACUUGUCCGGGCUAACAUAUUGUCACUUUGCGGACAGUCGCUGGCCAGUUGGUCAGCUGCCACCUUGACUGCCAACUGCUGUAAGACCUCUUGGGCUCAAUACCUCAAACAUGAAUGCAGGACCAUUGACUCAAAAGGUUGGUGUGGCUUAUUCCAAAAGGUCCUGAAGCCUUUCAGAGAGGAUCUAACUUUGUGAGUAUGGUUGUGUGUGUGUGGUUGUGUGUGUGUGUAUGUGUGGUUUUGUGUGUGUGUGUGUGUGCAUGUGAGCCUCUCCCUUGAGAUCCUGUGAAAUGUGCGGUGGAGAUUGAAGCAUUCUUUUGAAAACUCAGGUAUCCCGCUUUAAGUGGAUGGGGUCCUCUGGGAGAUUGAGAGAUCUGUUGGGUGGCUGUACAAACUUGUAAAUAGGCAAACAUUUUCAGAUAUUGAGAAAUAAUGGAGUGUACGCAAAGGAAUCGCUGUGUACAAAUGGCCAAAUGCUUCUGUAGAGAUAUUCUGUAAGAAAGGGUCAAUAUUUAAAGAGAGACGUAAAUGGCCAUAACUGAGAUUGCCUUGCCUUUAUUACUUCUUCUUUUGUAUUUCAGUCUUGGAUUUCCUCGUUUUAAUACAUUAUCUUGGAUUUCCUCUUGUUUUAAUACAUUAUCUUGGAUUCCCUCUUGUUUAAAUACAUUAUCUUGGAUUUCCUCUCGUUUUAAUACGUUAUCUUGGAUUCCCUCUUGUUUAAAUAAUACAUUUUUCAAGGACACAGCCAUUCAAUGACAAUUGCUUCCCUCUGUUCUGUUUCUAUGUUGAUUGAUACUUUGGCUACCUAUGUUUCUUUUGAAAUGCUUUUUUACCUUUUGGUGUCACACUCCAUGAUAUGGCUGUUGUUGCAAUGCAGUGGAGACCAUAGAAACAAAACCCUUUCCAGCUGGACCACGUCUAACCCUCUCCAGUCUGCGCACUGGGUUCUAUGUUCCCAGACAUCGAUCUUUCAUGAGGCCACAUGGUUUCAUGACAAGAUGGCUGUUUGGAUUGUUCCUCUGUCCAUCACCUGUGUAAAGAUGAGUGCUUCUAUUCUAUUGAAGGUUCACCCUUCCUCCUUUUUACAUAGCAGUAAAUUCAACUACAUCAUCCACAA